UACGUUAAUGGAAGAAGAUGAAAAGAGACUUGUCAGUAAUGAAGACGAUAAUCUCACAGUAUACGGUUCAACAUCAAACCAACCAGAAGAGACACUGGUCAGUGACAAAGACAAAGAUCCCACAGAAAAUAGUUCAGAAGAUAACACAAAGGAGCUGAAUGAGAUCUACGAACUGGUUGGCCUUGGUCCGGCCCAGUAUCUUUACUGGAUAUUAACUGUACUUGUAGCAUCUUCUGACUACGUAGAACUAACACUUCUCUCAGUAAUCCUCCCUACUUUGAGGUGUAUCUGGGACUUAUCCUACGUGUUUGAAGCAGCAACCACUGUGGCAGUAUAUGGCAGCUAUGCAAUCUGUGCGGUGGUGUUUGGGAAGAUAGCAGAUAAGUACGGGAGAAAGCCGGUUAUAAAGUGGGCUACAAUAGUUCUGAUGGUGGCUGCUACCGCUGGUGCUGUGUCCCCCAAUGAGUGGGUCUUCCUUCUGACUAGAGUUCUGACAGGGGCUUGUGUGGGAGUUAACAUCAGCUGUAUAGCCUGCUACUGCACCGAGUUCUCUGAGAGUCGUUACCGUGCACAUGGGAGCUUUAUUUUCAGUGUCUCCAUGAAACUAGGAAAGGUUGGGGUUAAUGUUCUCGCCUAUCUGCUGCUUCAUGUUAUAGGUUGGAGAUGGUUUAUCAUUGUCUGCACAAUUCAAGCUGUUCCGACACUUGUAAUGAUUAUUAUACUUCCAGAAUCUCCUCGUUAUCUGUGUGCUAAUGGACAACAGGACAAGGCAAUGAAGGCUAUCAGGUGCUUGGCACGACUCAACGGAAAGGAGCUAUCGGAUGACUUACAAGUGGUUUGCUGCUCCGAUCAAGAUUCCGGAAGUUAUUCCAAGCUUCUCAGCAAGGAACAUAAGAAAUCAGUCAUAGCUCUUUCUGUGAUUUACUUCAGCAAUAUCUUCGUUGAGUAUGGUCUUAUCACUCUGCUGCCCCUACUAUUUAGUUCCGAUAUCUGUGGCGCUGGAGUGGCACCAGAGCAUAUAUGCCAAAACCUCUCUCAAGAGGACCUUGCGAAGUUGUCAAUUGUAACUUCUACACAAAUUGUCGCAGCGGUUGGAGCAUUAAUUCUAGCCCUAACAGUGAAUCGUUUGGUACCAUUGAGAGUAGCUAUUGGUUUCGCUGUGCUCUCCAUGAUGUGUUUUUUUGUGUGCGUAGGUCCAGUAUUUACAUUAUUAACCUCAGUGGUUAUCAAAAUGUGCAUAGCUGUGUCCAACACCUUAAUCUGGAUAAUGAUGCCAGAAAGCUUCCCAACUGAUAUUCGUUCCACGGCUAUUGGGUUCAUUAACGGAUGGGGGAAGCUGGGAGGUUUGUUAGGCGCGGGUUGUGUCUACUUGUUGUUUUAUACAAACCCAUACGCUCUGAUAGGACUUUACAGUGCUGUUGCUCUAAUUGGGUUUAUUAGCUCUUUGGUCUACGAUAGGGAGACGAAAGGAGAAGAAAUGAAAGAAACUUGAAUUAGAAUCGAGAUUACCGUAAUGUUCUACAAGGAUACAAGGAUACAAGGAAACAAGGAUACAAAAGUGAUAAUUAUUUUAUUGAAUUGACAAUAGUUAUAAUUCUGAAAUAAUUUAAGGUUACACAAUUCUAGUUAUUUACAAAUGUGUAGGGAUAAAAUAGAAAUGUUUUAUAAUACUAUUUUUGAGGUCCUAUAGCAUUAUGCAUUGGCCAGUAUUUGAGUAGAAAUCUGGGCUCUUAUAGUAGGCUGUAAAAUUUUCGUUCACAGAGAGAAUUGAAUGGAUUGCUCUUGCUGUGGCAGUAAAUUUUGUAGGGUCUAGUGUUUUAUCGGAUAGCAAACCGGCUAGGUCAGUAAUAUUUUUGGGAUGGAAGUUAAAAUUUUCUCUAACUGAGGAGUAGAGUAAACAGUCAGUUAGAACAUGAAUUUCGUCCUCAAUAGGCUUAAGCCCCUUGCUGAAAAAGCAAAAAGUGCACCAUCGAUGUUCUCUUGGUACUAGGGGGGUUUCGUAACGGCCCCUCUCAAUGUAAAGAUUGUGGCAGCUAAUACGAAUAUAAUUGUACCAUCGUUUUGUACAGUAUAUGUACUAUGUAGUACAUAGUAGGACUAGGAGGUCCAGUCAUGCACGAUAAAAAUAAACUUGCUCAGAUUUUCAAAAUUGUUAUACCACUGUUUUCUAAAAAGUGUAGUGUGAGAUUUUUCAC